UGAAUUUUGGCCCAAACGGGCGACGAAGAUCGAGAGAACCCACCUUGGUCUCCAGAAACCCCGUCGAAGGUGUCGCCGCCGAUGGGAGUGCCGCUGUCGCAGCUCCUCCUCCUCCUCAUCUACGUGAUCUUUUCUUCGUUGCUGCUCUCGUCUUCUUCGGAGUCUGUCGCCGGUACCGGAGGCGACGCGAGCAGCAGCAGGAGCUCCGGUGCGAGAUUGGAAUGGCAGAUCCUUACCAAGAGAAAUUUCUCCUCGCAGAUCCGUCUCCAUCCCCAGAUCCUCCUCAUGGUUACCGUCCCUUGGUCUGGGGAAUCACGAUCUCUAAUGAAGGAAGUGGCACAUUUGGUGGCUAAUAAUCAGGACAAACUUGACUUUCUAAAAUUAAUGGUCAUAUAUAGGAGUUCUGAGAAGAUGCUAGCUGAUAUCCUUGGUGCUACUGAGGAAAUAACAUUAUUCUACUAUCAUAAUUCCAUGUCAUAUAAAUAUCAUGGAAGACUGCGUGCAGAAAAUAUACUUUCUUCAGUCAAUCAUUUUCAAUCACUUGAACCUGAGGAACUUCCUUUGAAGCUGCUGCAAACUCCAGAAGACGUGGAGAACUUUUUCCUAUCAACAGAUAAAGCUGUUCUACUCCUUGAGUUCUGUGGAUGGUCAGCUAAAUUGUUGCGCAGAAAGAAUAAUGGAAAUUAUGAGACUCCUAUGUCUGCAUUUAAUCAUUCAGAGAAUGUUGGCAUAAUUGGACAAAGCAUCAACAGAGAAAUGGUGGAUGACUUUCAUGUUGAACACCACAAGGGAAUGGAAAAUAGACUUACAUGUGCAGUUGAAGAUGGACUAGGAAGAUCAGUUUGGCUUAAGGAAUAUACUUUAGCAAAUCAAAGUACUCUAGAGCAAUUAGAUGAUGGAGGUGCUGGUACUAGAAUGCUGUGUACAGAUGAAGAGUUUAAGCAAUUUGAGACUUUUUUUAUGAAGUUCACUGCUAUUGCAAGAGAGUUUUUUCUACCUCCUGAGAGACAAAGGUUUGGUUUGAUAUCUGAAGGAGCUUUGUUAUCUUUCCUUGGUAUUAGCAGUCCAGAUAAAUGGUUAGUUAUGCUUCAUUUCUCUGGAUGUUCUAAUUGUACAAUGAUAGUCCAACAAGGAGAUGAUCUGAGGAACAUUUUGCAAACACAUCACUCUCUGAUCAUGGAGUUUGAUGUUGAUGGACGCAAUCUUGAACCUGCAUUUCCAGCAAAUAGACCUUCAAUCAUUCUAUUUAUUGAUAGAUCCUCAAAUUCUUCGAAAGUUAGGGAAGGGAGCAAGUUAUCUCUUGAGGUUCUUAGAAAAUUCUCAUUGCAGAAUCAGCUUUGCUAUCAAACAGUUAGAGGACGAGACAGCAGAGUCAUGAGUAGUUCCAGAAGUUUAUCAGGGUCCUCUAGUCAUCAAUCAGGAAAAGUUUCUCAGACCCCCAAGGUUGUGAAAAUUAAGGAUAAUAUGGCUUUCAUGAUAGUUAAUGAAGGUGAACAUAUUUCAUUGAAAAACACUGCACUUGAAAGUCAAGGAAACCCUGUCUAUGAUAUCCUGACACGAUUACUUCAGCGAGAAAGUCCGGCACUGAAGAAUAAAGAAACCAAAAUAAGUGAAGUAGCAAAGAAAGCUGGCUUUGAGCUCUUGUCUGAUGAUUUUGAAGUUCAGAUAAUAGAGUCGUUCCAAUCACAUAAUGACGAUAAUCAGUUCAGAGAAAUGGGUAGGGGUACCACUACCAUGUUAAAUGAUCCCAAUGAACUUACUGAAAGCCAGGAUGAUGUGAGUAGUGGUGGGUUAUUAUAUACUACUGAAAAUAUUAUGACCGAUGAAAGAAAGCAAUCUGAGCAUCCAGAUGAUGUUGCCAAUUUUCUUGAAACUCGUGAAGCAGCUCCUUAUGAUAAUGACAAUGCAUUCUCAUGUCACGUUGAAAGAUCUUGUUGUGUGGAACAAGAGUUACCUACUCCAGAGGAACACGUUCAGGAAGAGCAAGCUGAUAAAAUUGAUUCUACAUCAAGCAUCAGACAAGUUAAGUCAGAUUUUGGACACAGUUCAUCAGUUCUUUCAGCAGGGGAUGAUAUGGGAAGCAUUAGGAUAUCCAAUAGAUUAAGAAAGGCAGAUGAACCAUGUUAUCAGCACCAACCUUUCUUAGGCUCUUUUUUCUUCAUCGAUGGUGGCUACCGGUUGCUGAGAACAUUGACUGCAGAAUCUAGGAUCCCAUCUCUAGUAAUUCUUGACCCGGUUAUGCAACAGCACUUCGUAUUUUCCGAGGCAACGGAUAUUAAUUACCCUUCUGUAGUUAGUUUUGUAGACAGAUUUUUAAAUGGAAGUCUUACACCAUAUCAACAUUCAGUAUCAUCUCUUAAAACUUCUAGAGAUAUGCCAAAGCCACCACUUGUGAAUUUGGAUUUCCAUGAAAUUGAUUCUAUACCUCAAGUUACAAGUAGCACAUUUUGUGAACUGGUUAUAGGUUUUAUACCUUGUGAAAUGAAUGAUAAAGUGCCAUUUUCUAACUCUCGAGAACUUAAAUCUGCUUGGAAGAUCGAUGUUUUGGUGCUUUUUAGCACUCCUUGGUGUGGAUUCUGCCAGCGUAUGGAGCUGAUUGUGCGUGAAGUACAUCGAGCUUUUAAGAACUCUAUAAAUUUCUCAAUAAGUCAAUCCAAGAAUGAUGAUCCUACAAAUAUCAAAGAUAAGAAAGAAGAUCUGAUGCUGAAUAAGUUUCCAGCAAUAUUUUUAAUGGAUUGUACCCUUAAUGAUUGUGGUUUAUUCUUAAAGCCACUUGGCAAGAAGGAAAAUUAUCCAAUACUGUUGUUAUUUCGUGCUGAGAACAAAAGUGCAAUUACCUAUGAAGGCAAUAUGUCAGUUGUUAGUAUCAUGGAAUUUCUAGAAUCUUAUGGAGGCAAUUCUCAUAAUCAUAAUUAUAAAGGCCUUCUGUGGACCCAUUCAAGGAAGGGAAACAAGGAUGAACAGGUGUUAUAUGCAUCCACUUUGGCUGCUGAUGAGAAACCUCAUUCACCAGCAGACAAAUACAACAAAAUUGUGCUGAAUAAAGCUAUUUCUGCAGACAGCGAACAUCCCCUUAAUACAUGUACACCAGUCACCUCUCAUGAUAAACACAUACAUGUAGUUGUGGGAUCCAUUCUUGCUGCCACUGAUAAACUCUUCAAUGCUGCUCCAUUUGACAACUCUACAGUGCUGAUAGUGACCAUGGACAAGAACCAGGGUUUCCAAGGUUUGAUCAUUAUCAAACGGAUAAGCUGGGAUAUUUUUAAGGAACUAGACAGUGAUCUGGUUUCACUAAAGCAUGCUCCUCUCUACUAUGGAGGUCCUGUCAGGUUUCAGACUUUACCUCUUGUCAGUUUGAUUCGGAAAGCUAAAGAGGGUUAUACAGAGAUCGUGAAAUGUGUUUAUUUUGGCAAUCCAGUCAUAACACGUCAGGUGAUUGAAGAAAUUAAAUUGAAAGAAGAAUCUCCUGAUGAUUAUUGGUUCUUCUUGGGUUUCUCAAGUUGGGGAUAUGACCAGCUUUUCCAAGAGAUUACAGAAGGAGCAUGGCGGCUGUGUGGAGAUCCUAUUGAACAUUUAGAUUGGACAGAGAACUAACAGAUU